AUGCCUAGCACCUGCACUGACGAUGAGAUAAUCGAGGAGCUCGAAAUCAAGGACAAGCUCUUGAGAGAAUCUGAGUCCUUGAAGCGGCUGGCCUGUUCUGAUCAAGGACCGCCCAGAGUUCAAAUCAUCAAUCGAAUCACUUGUCAAAAUUCCGACGAGCAAGGUCUCUACCUAGAUGAACCUUGGCUUGUCGAGAAUGGCCCUUAUCGAGCUCAUCUGCGUUGCAGUCGGUUGGUCGAUAACCUGGAUCUGUAUCUUGAGCGGAACAAGGACAUUGUUUGUAUUGCUUACCGUGACUAUGAGUGCUGUGGCAAGCCCCCGCCGGUCCCAGAUCCUGGCCAAUUUGAACUUCUCGUCAGGGAAAAUGUUCAUGUUGUCUCAGACGAAUUGAAAGCUGCUUGGAAUCAUCUUGUUGUAGCUGUCAACGAGGACGCUGGAUCGCCUGCUAACAUUUCUCGAGCAGCAUUCGACUCGGAGGAUGAAAAUGGCCGUGCACAGGAAACUCAGCAUCCCUAUCUCUGGUGGUUUCAGCAUCGCAACAGAAUCGAGAGAAUGAAGUCCUACCUCAGCCAGGAGUCCAAAAACCAAGUGGAAGCUUUUCAACACUACUUGAAGGUUUAUCUCGGUGAUGAAUGGGCCAAGGUCGAUUCCCUGAUCCGCGAGGGCAAGAUGACAGCCAAGUACCUAUCCUAUCUUUUUGCUCCUGGACAAAUCAUCAUAUCAAAGCUCAAGGGGUUAUCUGUGGCUCAGUGGCAAGCAUAUACUGCAACUAGUUGGCUUGCUAUAUUUGGCAGUCCAACAACCAAAGGCGAUUUCCAGGCAUUAAUCAGAGUUAGCUACUGGGAUUUUGAUGGCAACUUUCAACGAUUCAAUUCGACUCUUAAUCUCUCAGGCCUGCCCUCUUUGACAGAGGAGUUCCCUAUCAACGCCAUGAUGGUCUUCCCGAUGAAGUAUGUCGAUGACGUGACUGCUUGUAUCCUGAGACGGCGUGGCCAGAUGUUUUGGAAAUGCCGCCAUCGCAAAUAUGUUUGCGUUCGGGGUACUUCAGAAGAUCAUCUUUAUGGUGCAAAUUCUGGUUCUCGAUACAUGAUUGACAGAGCAACUUUUAGACAGAUGCACCCUCCUACAAGCGGCCAACAAGCACCUGUCCGCUACCAGGAUGACCUCGGACCUGACGUAAUGGCCCAGGAUGAACCAGUACCUGACUUGGGAGAUGGAUUUUACAUGUGCCUCCCGACAUCUCUUUAUGGCUUUAACAUGCAAAAGAAGGACUGGGUUAAGUUGGAAGUUGAUUUGUUAGAGGAUGUAACUUGGAACGAGGAGGCUUUCGACCUACUAGUUAUGGAACCCCAGACGAAGGAGCUGGUUGAAGCAGUGGUGACAAACCACUUAGACGAGGACAGGGAUACGGAUGUGAUUCAUGGGAAAGGAAAUGGGCUCUUUAUACUACUUCAUGGAGGCCCUGGUACCGGGAAGACUCUCACUGCAGAAAGCGUUGCUGAGAUCGCCAAGAAGCCUCUAUACAGAGUGACCUGUGGCGACGUCGGCACCAAGGCUGAAGAAGUAGAACGUUAUCUUGAAGUCGUGUCACUUCUUGGGAAGACGUGGGGAUGUGUGGUACUUCUAGACGAAGCCGACGUGUUCCUUGAGCAGCGGAAGCUAGAUAGUCUUGAACGGAAUGCCCUGGUCUCAGUAUUUCUCAGAGUCCUGGAGUACUACGACGGAAUUAUGAUCCUUACUAGUAAUAGGGUUGGUAUAUUUGACGAAGCAUUCAAAUCUCGGAUUCAGCUCAGUCUACGAUACAAUGAUUUGGAGAAAGACCAGCGGCGCCAGAUCUGGCUAAAUUUCAUCAACCGGCUCGAGAAGCUUGAGUCUCAGCGCAUAUCGCAUGCAAAUGAGCCGUCCCCCACUAACAUCUUGAGCACUCCCCAAACUGCUCCAAGACUCGGUGUGGACAUCAAGAGUAUGCGAGAUCGACUUGAUGACCUGGCAGAGGCUCCUCUUAACGGUCGCGAGAUUCGAAACAUGAUUUCAACCGCACGGCAGCUUGCUGUGUUUCGUAAGGAGAAACUUGGCUAUCAGCACCUUGAGUCAGUCAUGGCCGAGGCGAAGAAGUUUGGAGAGUAUAUCAAGCGCCUUCACAAGGGAUACACGUCGGAUCAGAUUAAGAGAGGCCAGAAGGAACGAUAG